AUGCAACUGUCAAUCAUUGCUCUGCUGGCCACUGCGGCUGGUCUGGCCCUGGCCAAUCCUUCUCCUCCCCCGAAGUGUGGUACUUGCAACCCUCUGUCUGGCCAGAACAGUUGCGAUAUCACCACCUCGUGCAUCAACACAGGAAAGACCUUCCACUGCGCCUGCCGUGCCGGUUAUAAGGCUUCCAAACGCAACAACGAUAUCUAUUCGCAGUUCCGCCUGCCGAUGCCCAACUACGAGUUCCUGGUCUUCGUUCCUGAGAACACCGUUUGUAACACUCUGUGUGACAACCCAUACUCUGCUCCGGCGGAUCUGUGCAAGGAGGUCCGCCUGUAUGACAAGUGUGUUGUCUAA